AAAUUAUCUAAUAGUAUUAUCUAAUAUGUUUUACAUUAGCGGGAUGUAAAACAUAUUUUAUUGUUUGAGCUAAAUAAAUUAAUUGUAUUUUUUUUUGAUACACAGUAAGCAAAUGAAAUACAUUUCCAUAUAAAAAAAUAUUCGGAUAGCUUAGAAAUAACGCUAAAGAAAAGAAGAGAGAAGAAACAGUGAAGAAAAAAGAGAAAACAAAAAAAAAGAGUCAUAUUCAUAUUCUCCAUCGAUUUUUGCCGACCGGAGAAAAUAUCUUCUUCCGCCUCUUCAUUUCAGCAGGAAAGCUCUUUGAAAUCGGUUUGAUUCAGCCAUGGCUAACGCAGCGUCGGGAAUGGCUGUGCAUGAUGAUUGCAAACUAAAAUUCAUGGAACUGAAGGCGAAACGAACGUUUCGUACCAUAGUGUACAAGAUCGAGGACAAGCAAGUGAUUGUAGAGAAACUCGGUGAGCCUGAACAAUCAUAUGAUGAUUUCGCAGCAAGUCUUCCAGAUAACGAAUGCCGAUACUGCAUUUACGAUUUCGAUUUCGUCACCGAGGAGAAUUGCCAGAAGAGCAAGAUCUUCUUCAUCGCAUGGUCUCCGGAUACUGCGAAAGUGAGAGACAAGAUGAUUUACGCGAGCUCUAAGGAUAGGUUCAAGAGAGAGCUAGAUGGGAUUCAAGUGGAGCUUCAAGCAACCGAUCCAACAGAGAUGGGUCUUGAUGUUUUCAAGAGCCGCACCAACUAAUAAAGCGCAAGAAAAAAAAAGCCUUCGCAAAAAAGGGCAUUUGAAUAAGUUUGUUUCUGGAGUGACGAUAUAUGUUUUCCUCUUGAGGGUUAUGAAAACUGUUUUAACACCUUCUUCACCUUCAUUAUUCUAUUUGGUAUUAUCGUCUUUGAUGUGUUUCUCUAUCAAUCUACUAUGAGAUUGUGCCUUGUGGAUUUGUGUCUGUUACCAUUAUGUACACUUGAAAUCAGAUUGGUGUUAUUCAUAUGUAUAUGCUUCAAGCCUUUGUUUUUUUAAUAUUUUGAUUAGGAAAGUCCUAUAAUAUUCUGAUUUUUGAUUAUUUUCUAUGAUUUAAUUUUUUUAA